AUGUUAUUUGAGCAGGGUCAACAGGCCCUGGAGCUUCCUGAGUGCAUCAUGCAGAAGGCUGCAUACUACGAGAACCCAGGACUCUUUGGAGGCUAUGGAUACAGCAAAGCCACAGACACAUAUGGCUACAGCACUCCUCAUCAGCCCUACCCACCCCCUGCUGCUGCCAACUCCCUGGACAGUGAUUACCCAAGUUCUGCCUGCUCCAUCCAGAGCUCUGCACCUCUCCGAGGCCCAGCCCACAAAGGAGCUGAACUCAAUGGUAGCUGCAUGCGGCCUGGCACUGGGAACAGCCAGGGUGGGGGUGGUGGCAACCAACCUCCUGGUCUGAACUCAGAGCAGCAGCCACCACAAGCUCCUCCUCCACCACCCACCUUACCCCCAUCCUCACCCAGCAAUCCUGGAAGCGGAGGGCCUGCCAAGAAGACCAAGGGUGGGGCCAAUGCUUCCAGCUCUUCAUCCACCAUCAGCAAGCAGAUCUUCCCCUGGAUGAAAGAAUCCCGACAGAACUCCAAGCAGAAGAACAGCUGUGCCACUUCAGGAGAGAACUGCGAGGACAAGAGCCCACCGGGCCCGGCAUCCAAGAGGGUGCGCACGGCGUACACGAGCGCGCAGCUGGUGGAGCUGGAGAAGGAGUUCCACUUCAACCGCUACCUGUGCCGGCCGCGCCGCGUGGAGAUGGCCAACCUGCUGAACCUCACCGAACGCCAGAUCAAGAUCUGGUUCCAGAACCGUCGCAUGAAGUACAAGAAGGACCAGAAGGCCAAGGGCAUCCUGCAUUCUCCGGCCGGCCAGUCCCCAGAGCGCAGCCCACCUCUCGGAGGAGCGGCGGGCCACGUGGCCUAUUCCGGCCAGCUGCCGCCGGUGCCCGGCCUGGCUUACGAUGCACCCUCGCCGCCAGCUUUCGCCAAAUCGCAGCCCAAUAUGUACGGCCUGGCCGCCUACACGGCGCCGCUCAGCAGCUGCCUGCCGCAGCAGAAGCGGUAUCCGGCGCCCGAGUUCGAGCCCCACCCCAUGGCGAGCAACGGCGGCGGCUUCGCCAGUGCCAACCUGCAGGGCAGCCCGGUGUACGUGGGCGGCAACUUCGUCGACUCCAUGGCGCCCGCGUCCGGGCCAGUCUUCAAUCUGGGCCACCUCUCGCACCCGUCUUCGGCCAGCGUGGACUACAGCUGCGCCGCGCAAAUCCCUGGCAACCAUCACCACGGACCGUGCGACCCUCAUCCCACCUACACAGAUCUCUCGGCUCACCACUCGUCUCAGGGACGCCUGCCCGAGGCCCCCAAACUGACACAUCUGUAG